AACCCUACAAGCUAGAUUAUCAAUCAAUUAUUCGACACAUUCCACUGUGUUUGAGAAUCCAUGCGGUAAAAUUAGCUACAGAUUUGCUUGAAUUUUGUGCCAGUACAAGCUCCAGCUCCAGCUUAUGACCACAUGCAACGAAAGCUCUCUAGAGUGGUCCUGCUAGACCUACUGGGACUGGCUGUGUUCUUCUCUCUGGUUAUCAUUGUCUGCUAUCAGUGCCUGAGGGGUCAUGAGCUAACAAGCCUAUCACAGUCAACAAGUUAUCUGAGCGUGUCAGACCUGCAUCAGGAGAGGCCACACUCUGUUGCUAUAGCUGUGAGCUUGGACAAGACAUCCAACAACCACUGCACUAUGGGAGCAUGCUUUGAUGUCAGCAGAUGUGAAACAUUCAAAGUGUUUGUCUAUCCUGAGACCAAGGGACUCAGCGGACACUCCCCUCUCCAUCGGAAGAUCCUCUCCGCUAUUAGGAACAGUCACUACUACACUAGUGACCCAACCGAGGCAUGCCUCUUUGUACCUAGCUAUGACACGCUGGAUCGGGACAAGCACAGCAACGACUACCUCAACACUCUCCCUAACCUCGCCUCCCUGGAGCAUUGGAACGGUGGUCGCAAUCACCUCAUCUUCAACCAGUACGCAGGCACUUGGCCCGACUAUAGUGAUGAACUGGACUUUGACACGGGACAAGCUAUUGUAGCAAAGGCCUCGUUCAAUAUGAGUUACUUCCGACGAGGAUUCGACAUCAGCCUACCUCUCUUGCAUAACGAGCAUCCAGAGAGGGCAGGGCAGGAUGGGGCUCUCUAUGGCAAGGCCGGGCUAUUCCCUAUACGAAGGAAAUAUUUGCUGGCAUUCAAGGGGAAGAGAUACUUGUACGGGCCUGGGCGUGAGACUAGAGCCUCGUUGUAUCACCUCCACAAUGACAGGGACAUCCUCAUGCUCACUACAUGUAAGCAUAACCGAGACUGGGCCAAGCGGCAGGACAAGCGUUGCCAUGCCGACAAUGAGCUCUAUGACAAGUACGACUAUGCCGACCUCCUGGCCAACUCCUCCUAUUGUCUUGUGCCUCGAGGGCGUAGACUAGGAUCGUUCAGAUUCCUCGAGGCUCUGCAAGCCUCCUGUGUCCCUGUCUCCCUUAGCAACGGCUAUGUGUUACCCUUUGAUGAGGUGAUAGACUGGAGCCAAGCUGCCCUGGAGUUGGACGAGAGGCGGCUACUGCAGGUGUCUGGUAUAGUACGCAGUGUCCCCACUCAUCGUCUGUUGUCUCUCAGACUUCAUACACAACUCAUCUGGGACACAUAUUUCAAGUCCGUUGAGAGAGUUGUCAUGACAACACUAGAGAUCCUCCAGAACCGUGUGAUCCCUCGGCCAGGGUUUGUGUGGAACCAAUCUCCUGGUGGUCUAGUGUAUCAUCCAGCCUAUAGCCCCCGCCCGCCCACCUUCCCCUUCUACCACACCCACUCAUCACAGGACCAGUUCACGGUCAUCAUCACAUGUUCCCACCCGGCCACUCGCGAGUCAGCCCCUCUAAUCAGUCUCAUCAAAUCUCUCUCCACGUCCGCUCAUUUGGCGGAGGUCAUAGUACAAUGGGUGGGGGCGGGACCUCCUCGUGUGGAUGUGCCCCCUCUCAGUGUGCCUGUGAGGGUAGUGAGGAGUGAGGGCCGUACUCUCGUGGACCAGUUCUGGCCAUUGGAUAGUGUGCGGACAGAUGCUGUCCUACACUUGACAGAGGAGGCAGAGAUCAACAGCGAUGAGGUAGAGUUUGGUUUUGCUGUUUGGCAGUCGUUUCGUGAUCGUCUGAUUGGCUACGUUGCUCACAGCCAUUACUGGGACGAGGUGAGGGAACAGUGGGGCCACAGUGACCAACCAAGCAACGACUUCUCUCUAGUGCUCUCAGGAAUUCUCUUCUUCCACAAGUACUAUGGUUACCUACUCCACGAGAAGCUCUCCCCUCGUCUGCUGGAACUGGCCAAUCAAAACACUAACUGUCUCGACAUUGUCCUCAAUUGUCUGGUAGCUGACAUCACGGGGAAACGACCAAUCAAAGUGUCUCAUCGUACAGCCUUCACUAAGACCCCCCAGGCAGUCUCCACGGCAACCCUACAACGCACCAAUCAGGAGAGAGUGGCAUGUUUGAACAUGGCUGUCAAUGUGUACGGUCGAGUGCCCCUCCACUCCUCCGUGGUGAGGGCUGACCCAGUCCUCUACAAGGAUAACGUCUCCAUGUUGAGGAAAGAGUUCAAACAAAUGGAACUGAACUGACCACUUCAAUUAUAUUAAUGGCUUAUUUUUGUAUCACUUCUAUUGGAAUUUCUUGAAUGGUUUCUUCUAAAAAAUGUUUAUUGUGAUCUCAUACAUAAGCAAUGUACAUACCACAACAAACGGACACAAACAACAAAACAGU